CGUGCGGGCUCCUCCUCCCGCGGGCGGCAUUAGCUCAUCGGCCGCGGCUCCUCGCGGCCCUUUCUUCGCGCUGCCCGCCGCCCCCAUGGCCCUGUGCAACGGGGACACCAAGCCCGAGAACGCCGGGGCAGAGCUCAAGGAUGGGCAGCACCACUACGAGGGCGCCGUGGUGAUCCUGGACGCGGGCGCGCAGUACGGCAAGGUGAUCGACCGCCGCGUGCGCGAGCUCUUCGUGCAGUCCGAGAUCUUCCCGCUGGAGACGCCGGCCUUCGCCAUCCGCGAGCAGGGAUUCCGAGCCAUCAUCAUAUCUGGAGGACCAAACUCUGUGUACGCAGAGGAUGCCCCGUGGUUCGACCCGGCCAUAUUCACCAUAGGAAAACCGGUGCUCGGGAUCUGCUAUGGGAUGCAGAUGAUGAACAAGGUGUUUGGAGGGACGGUGCACAAGAAGAGCGUUCGGGAGGAUGGAGUGUUCAGCAUCACCCUGGACAACACCUGCUCACUCUUCAGGGGCCUUCAGAAGGAAGAGCUCGUGCUCCUCACUCAUGGAGAUAGCGUGGAUAAGGUAGCUGAUGGAUUCAAGGUGGUGGCACAGUCUGGGAACAUCAUAGCAGGCAUAGCAAACGAGUCUAAAAAGCUCUAUGGAGCGCAGUUCCACCCUGAGGUGAGCCUCACAGUGAACGGGAAGAUGAUCCUGAAGAAUUUUCUGUACGACAUUGCGGGCUGCAGCGGCACCUUCACCGUGGAGAACAGAGAGCUCCAGUGCAUCCAGGACAUCAAAGAGAAAGUGGGCUCCUCCAAGGUGCUGGUGCUGCUCAGCGGCGGUGUGGACUCCACGGUGUGCACGGCGCUGCUGAACCGCGCCCUGAACCGCGAGCAGGUCAUCGCCGUGCACAUCGACAACGGCUUCAUGCGCAAGAGGGAGAGCCAGGCCGUGGAGGAGGCCCUCAAGAAGCUGGGCAUCCAGGUGAAAGUGGUGAAUGCAGCCCAUUCAUUCUAUAACGGCACAACAACUCUGCCCAUCUCAGAUGAGGACAGAACUCCACGUAAAAGAAUCAGCAAGACCUUAAAUAUGACUACAAGUCCAGAAGAAAAGAGAAAAAUUAUCGGUGACACCUUUGUUAAGAUCGCCAACGAGGUCAUCGGGGACAUGAACCUGAAACCCGAGGAGGUUUUCCUCGCUCAGGGCACGCUGCGGCCUGACCUGAUCGAGAGUGCCUCCCUGGUGGCCAGCGGCAAGGCCGAGGUGAUCAAAACGCACCACAACGACACCGAGCUGAUCCGCAAGCUGCGCGAGGAGGGUAAAGUAAUAGAACCACUGAAGGACUUUCACAAAGACGAAGUGCGAGUGCUGGGAAGAGAGCUUGGUCUUCCUGAGGAGCUGGUGUCCAGGCAUCCCUUCCCAGGGCCUGGCCUGGCAAUCAGAGUGAUCUGUGCUGAGGAACCUUACGUCUGCAAAGACUUCCCAGAAACAAACAACAUCCUGAAAAUCGUGGCGGAUUUUUCUGCGAGCGUGAAGAAGCCUCACACGUUGCUGCAGAGGGUGAAGGCGUGCACGAGCGAGGAGGACCAGGAGAAGCUGAUGCAGAUCACAAGCCUACACUCACUGAAUGCCUUCUUGCUGCCCAUCAAAACUGUGGGAGUGCAGGGUGACUGUCGCUCCUACAGCUACGUCUGCGGCAUCUCCAGUAAGGAUGCUCCGCACUGGGAGUCCCUGAUGUUCCUAGCCAGGCUCAUCCCACGCAUGUGCCACAACAUCAACAGGGUGGUGUACGUGUUCGGGCCCCCCGUCAAGGAGCCCCCCACGGAUGUCACCCCCACCUUCCUGACCACGGGAGUCCUCAGCACUUUACGUCAGGCUGACUUCGAGGCUCACAACAUUCUCAGGGAGUCUGGCUACGCUGGGAAGAUCAGCCAGAUGCCAAUAAUCCUGACCCCGCUGCACUUUGACCGGGACCCGCUGCAGAAGCAGCCCUCGUGCCAGAGGUCUGUGGUCAUCAGGCCCUUCAUCACCAGCGACUUCAUGACGGGCGUCGCCGCCACGCCGGGCAGCGAGGUGCCCGAGGAGGUGGUGCUGAAAAUGGUGGCAGAGAUCAAGAAGAUCCCCGGCAUCUCUCGGGUGAUGUACGACCUGACAUCCAAGCCGCCGGGAACCACGGAGUGGGAGUAACUUAACUUCUCCCUAUCCAAGUACUGUGUGCAGUCUAAACCAUAUCAGAAACCAUUCCCAGUGUUGACAUGCAGUACUGUGAAAGGGCGACUGGAGCUGCUGCGUGGCGCCAGCUUCCUCUCCCGCAGCGAAGCCCGCGGUGCAGAGCCGCGCUGGGGCUGGGAGCGGCGCGGGGCCGAGGGCCGGACGGGGAAAUGACGCUGGCAGCGCCGCCAGGCCGGGCCCCUCUGCUUUGCCUCUGUCCUUCGGGCCUCCCCCGCCUUCUGUUCCCCGUCCUUUCGGUGUCUCUUUGUUUUCGUACUCUCUGUCACGACAGAACGGUUCCUCUCCUCCCGCCCGGAGCCUCGUCGCGGCCCAGACGCGCCGGAGGAGCCCGUUCUCCGUGACCGACCGCUUCGGGACGGAUUGAUUAGAAAUAAAUAUUUUGCCAAACGGAGCGGCGGGUGCCGUCGAGUGGCUGUGUGUGCCCUUGUGUUCCGUGUCGCCGGGCCCGUGGCGGCGAGGGGAGCGGCGCUGAGCUCUGCCCCGUCCCUGCGCCCGUCCCUGCCGGGGCGCGGCAGAGCUCCCCUGUGUCCCCGGCACCGCCCCUGCGCUCCGUGGCGGCUCUGCUCCCCGCCCCUCGGCUCUGACGGGGGCUUUUGGGCUGCGCUGUGCUUAGCUCGCUCCGUAAGGUCAUUCCAGGUGUCAGCGUGGGCUCCUGCGUCGGGGUGAGCCCCCCACCCCUGCGCCCCUCCCGUCACUCGUGGCGUGUUGGUACUGAAGCAAUAACUGGAGACGGUUACUGGGCAGGAGCUCUUUGAGGAAAAGCCAUUUCCAUGGGAAUCCUGUCCCGUGGCAGAACAGCUGGAUCCUGCCCUGGCUGCCUGCUGGAACCCCCCCGGGGGCAGUGGCCCCCUUGUCCCCGGUUCUUCGGUGGGAGCAGUUGUGUUGUGUUGUGUUGAGCUGCGAGCUCGCCGUAGUGCCACGGGGUAAAACCUCACUUCAGUGUUCGGUAGCACCCAGCGUUUCCUGGCUGCAGCUCCUCCCUGCCCUUGCCUGGAUUUGUGAGCUGCGGUUGUACUGAAGGUGUUUGUUGUGUGUUUUUGGUGGCACGUGUUUCCCCCUUCCCUGCCUCCGCCUUAUGGAAAUGGGGUUUGGAAAUUCCUGCUCCCAGGAAAUGGCCAGCUGCUGUAAAUGGGAUUUAUUUUCUUUUUUUUUGCCUGUGUCACUGAGGGCAGUUCUGCUCGAGGGGGAGGAGGUGGCGUGUCCCAGGGCUGCAGCAGGGCAGGAAUUGGGGCUGGGGGCUGUGCCUGCCCUCCAGCCCAGCUCCAGGAGAGCUCUGCAGCUGGGGCGAGUGGAGCUGCGUUGAUAACUCAGUCAGCCUCAGAAGGGGGUGGCGAUUUGCGCCCGCAGCUGUUGUAACCUCAGUGACGAUCCGUCCCUCUGCUGCGGGGGGCUCUGUGCUUGGUUAACUCCUGUGGGUGGCUCUCUGCUGGGGCAGCCCCUGUCCCAGCAGCUGGCACUGCCCUGGGAGCUCCCCAGUGACGCUGCAGCGCACUGAGCUUGGGGCAGCAGGGGCUGAGGGCAGCUGCUGCCAUUUCUGGGUGCUGUCUCCCCCCAGCAAGAGCAGGUCUCUGGUGAGGUGCAGAACCCCCUCCGUUCUCACAGCAACGGCCUCGUCCUCGUGGCUGCCACGGCUCUGUUUCCUUGACAGCAAACAAGCAAAGCUGAGGGAAUCACUAAAAAUAAUGCCAAUAACGCAGAGAGCUGAGCAGCCCAGCCCCUGCUGGGCUCUGCCCGGGCUGUCCCGUGCGUGGGGCUGCAGUCUGUGCUGCGCUGGGUAAAAGCUGCUCCCAGGGAGGGCUGGGGGCUGCAGGGGACGUGCUGCCCCUGGGACCCCCCUGCAGCUCUCCUGGGCAGCAGCCUGUCGUUCCCUGCAAGCUGCACCCUUGGGAAAGUCCUUGGGGUCCCAUCCUGGCUGUGGCACUGCCUGCUGUGCACCAUCACCAUCCCUGAGCCCCUCUGCAUUCCCGGGCUGGGCGGCGCCUCUGAGCUCUAGUUUAGGGCAGAGAAGUUGAAUAUGGAGUAUUAUAUGAACAUUUUAGGCGUGAGCUGUUGCACUGUGGAUGGAAAUGUCUUGCUGUGCCCCUCAGCCCCGUGUGCCAGCCGUGCUGGGCUCUUUGGGGAGGCCUGGGGCGCUCACCCCAGCAGCUCUGGGGGUUCCUGUGGGACCCCCGUGUGCUGCACAGCCAGAGUGGGGAGAAACAUGCACACUGUUCGCGUUUCUCAGAAACCAGUUCUGUUUAGCACCUAGUUUACAAACUGCCCCCUGUAGCUGCCCUGUACAGUUGUUCACCUCGAGUCUUCAGUAAAACAUGUCAGCAAUUAGAGGGAUUUGUAUCGGGGGCGCUCCCCAUCACUCUCAGUUUUUAACAUUUUUCUGCUUGUGAAAUGAUAAAGUACUGUGAGCCUUAAUUUUUAUCCACAAAUAAAAAUAUUAUGUUUGAA